AUGUCAAAUUUAAAUACUCUAUUAUUUUUUAAAAUUUGGAGAAAUAUACCCUUAAAGAAGAAAAUAUACUCAUAUCUAAUAAACGAAUUAAAAUACCAAGGUUUAUUUAUCGACGAAAUUGUAUCCGUAGAAUGGAUGUGCAAACAUGGGCAUUUAGAUUUAUUAAAAAAGAAGGUUUUAAAUAAAGAGUAUUUGGUAUUUGAAACAAAUCAGUUUAAAUCGGAUGAAAAUGAACAGAAUAUUCAACAAAUUGGUCAAAAUAAUGGUGCUAAUCAAAUUAACGAUAUAAAUGAAGAAGAUGUUUAUAUGGCUACAAAUUUGGUUAUUAAUAGUAAUAAUAACAAUAAAAAUAAAAACUACAACAAAUAUAUAAUUUUCAAAUUAAUAAAUAAUGAUUUAAAAUUUUAUAAAAAAUUAUUUAAAUGUUACUUCAAAAUAUUCAUCUCGAGUAAAGAGGAACUUAAAGAAACAUUAAAACAUAUUAUCAAAUUUGAUUGCAUUGGCGCCCUAAAAAUAUUAAAAAAAAAAUGCUCUUUAAAAUUUAAAGAAAAACAUUUUAUAGAAUCAAUUAUCAAUGAAUCUUUUACAGUCAGCGAAUAUAUAUACAAUAAGCUAUUAAUAAAACCGAACCAACAACAAGUGUUUUUAAAAACCAUUCAUCAAAGAAGAGUAGAUCUAAUCAAAUCGGAAUCUAUCGAUAAGAGAACAUUGUUUUUGGUUAAGGUUUUAAAUUUCAAGGUCCCGGCUGAAUUAGACAAUUUGCAGUAUUUGCACAACUCAAAUCUAUUAGAGUGCACAUUAAGAGAGAUAUACAAUUCAUGUAUCACACUGGCAUUACUCAAGAGACCGUUGGCCUAUUAUGUAAAGCAUUUAAAAGACUACCUACAGUCUCAAGAUAAUUGGGAUUUUGAUGUAAUGUAUCCGAGCGAAAUUACAAGACUCUUCUUUCUGCAGGACUACACUUGGCUAACGAUCGAGUAUUUAGAAGGUAUCCCAUUUACUCAAGAGCAGCUCGAUACUAAACUAAUGAACUUUGAUUUAAAAAGUGCAAAGAGACUUCAAGACUUGGAAUCAAUACUAAGAAUGGUUAUUCCCUUUAUCGAUAUUUUAAACAGUACUAAAUACAUGGUCGGCUUCAUAUACUACAACUUUGUAUUUAAAGAUUCAAAAUUAAUUCAAAACAUAUUAUUCAGCUCAGUAUUUGAUGAUUUCUUAUCAUUUUUUCAACGAUCAGACAUGUUCUCAAUCAAAGUAAAAAUACGAUACACCAAAUAUUUAUCAGAGCUUAUCAAUUAUGGCUCUGAAAACUCCACAAUCUAUAGGAGAUAUCAAAGAAGGGUCUUAUCCUAUCUAAUCAGUAUCAACGACACCCAGGCCAUAAAGAAAGCAUUAGAAGCCAUGCAUAGCUGCGACACCAAAUUCACCAAUCAAGUUUUUGUAGAUAUAAAGGAAGAUACCUCACUAUUCGAUUUUUGUUUCACACAAAUAUCCAAAGAAAGUUUUAAUUUUGGACACUUAUUAUCAAAGACCAAUUUAACUAUUUUAAACCACUACAAAAAUAAUUAUUACGAUGAUUUUAAAAAAAGGGUUCAACAGCUAGAUCUUUCAACAAUUCAAAAGCCAUAUAAAGACCAUUUGGUUUUAUUUUUUUAUGAAAAUUUAACAGAGUUCUGUACACAUUUUAACUAUAUUGGUCAAAUUUGGAAACCUUUUGAUCAGAAUCCGAACCUAUUAGAAAUAACAUAUCAAGAAUUCAAAUAUUUUAUAACUCACAUGGAAGAAAACAAUUUAAAUAAUUAUUUAAAUAUAUUUUUUAAAACACCUUCCCAUCCAAAUCCACAAAAUAAUUUUAAUAAUUUAGAAAAAUUUUUAUAUUUCAAAUAUCAAUCAUACAACAUUUUAAAUUUUAUUUUAAAUUCAAAAAAUAUAAUUCAAGAUAAUCAAGAUGAUGCAUUUGAAAUUAGAGAUUAUAAUAAUCCAUCUUUAUUUAUUAAAAACUGUAAAUUAACACUAUUUGAAAUAGGAAGAAGAGGCGACACAAAUACUUUAAACUGUAUAAUGACCAGUUGUUUUCCGACCGAAUUUUCAAACCUAAAAUAUAAAAAUCGAAUUUAUGAAUUACUAUUGUUUUCAUCUUAUUUUGGGCAAAUCCAAAUUUUUAAAUUUUUGCAUAAUAAUUAUCCCUGGGUAUUCCAUUAUUACAAAGAUAUCAAAAAAAUUCAUAAUACAGUCGUUCAAUCCUACCCGAAUUUUGAAGAUAAUCCAAAUAAUCAGAUUAAAUUAUCAGAUUUAAAUAUUUUACUAAAUUAUUCAAAAAUUAAUAUUAAUUUAUUCAAUUAUUUGAAUAAAAUUAUUAAAAUUAUUAAUUAG